GAGCUUGCCGUGGCCGCACGUGAAAGUGAAUUUGGCAUAGAUUAAUUAUUAAUUAACUCACUACCGGUUAGUGUGGUUAAAUUCAGUCAAUCAGUCAGUACUGAACAGUGAAAGUGUCGCCAUUUUUCACUCUGUUAGCAUACACGAACAGUAGUUGUUUGUUUACCGCGUGCUUCGUUUGUUUCACGAAUCAACCACACAGCAGCAUUGACACAAAUAUUUACUUUGCCCACUGACACAAACAAAACGGAAGCACAAGCCUACGAGAAAUUAUUCCGGCUGUGAUGGUCCAUCGCCGACGCGCGUAAAAACGCGCCGUUCCAAAAUUCAUGUGUCCGUCAUUGGAGAAAAGAAAGUUUUUCGCUGUUCGCCAUUCUCCAACAAGUCUCGUCUGAUCCGCGCCGUGCACGCAACGCAUGCGCAGCACUCAGCCCAGCCAACCAGCGUCGUUUCGGCAUCCUUCGUGCGCGCUCGCAUCUGCUGCGCCUCAACUCCAGUUGGUCGUGUGGCAGCGCGCAGUAGAGAGCCGGCGAGCGCGGCGACCGACGUACACGCGUCCCACACACACCGGGCCAACACAAUCACCACCAGCUCUCUCACCGUGUGUCUAGAGUCGACAAUUGCGUCUGACACAGGAUGAAUCCCGAGGACUAUGAGUCGCUGCCGACCAACAACGUCGGCGCACACAUGACGGCCGGGGCCAUCGCUGGCGUGAUGGAGCAUUGCGUAAUGUAUCCACUGGACUCUGUCAAGACUCGAAUGCAGAGCCUGACUGUAAUCAAUCAGGGCGUCUAUCAGACGUUCACGAAAAUGGUCCAGACUGAAGGCAUGCUGCGCCCGGUUCGUGGCAUGUCGGCGAUGGUUGUCGGCGCGGGGCCCUCGCACGCACUCUACUUCAGCAGCUACGAGUACCUCAAGGACCGCCUGAUUUCAAACACCACCUCAAAUCGUUAUCACACACUUAUCUACGGUGCCUCCGGCUGCAUAUCGACGUUGUUACACGACGGUAUCAUGAAUCCGGCCGAAGUGGUCAAGCAGAGAUUGCAAAUGUACAAUUCGCCGUACAAGUCCGUCACGGAUUGUUUGGUGCGUGUGUAUCGCACUGAAGGAUUACCGGCGUUCUAUCGCUCGUACACGACGCAGCUGACGAUGAACAUACCCUUUCAGAGUAUUCAUUUCAUGGUGUAUGAAUGGAUGCAGCACUUGACGAAUCGUGAGCAUGUUUAUAACCCCAAAGCGCAUAUGGUUAGUGGCGCCAUGGCGGGCGCGGUGGCUGCCGCUAUUACUACUCCGUUGGAUGUGUGUAAGACACUGUUGAAUACACAGCAGGUGGGAGCUACUACUGGUAUGCUUGCGGCUGUCAGAACUGUUUAUAGACUUGGUGGAUUGUCUGGUUUCUUCCGUGGGGUUCAAGCACGUGUCAUGUAUCAGAUGCCAGCGACCGCCAUCUGUUGGUCAACAUACGAAUUCUUCAAGUAUUUAAUCGGCAACAGUCGCCUCGAGGAUGUGCGACUUGUCGUGCCGGCCACUUCGACUGUUUUCGCCGAGGAUGGCGAUAAGAAGACAACUACGUCUACAGGCAUUCAACCACCGCCGGUGUCGUGUGAGAAGUUGAAUAUCAAACCGCGCGAGAUUCCCGCCAUGUCCGGCGCUGGUAUCUACGGCGCGUUGUCGUAUAAUACAAUGCACACGCAAGAUCCGACACUGCUCGAUAUCCGACAUACCUAGUGCGCAUGCGCACGAGCGCACACAAACCGCAUGCGCGCGCGCGCCUAGAAAGUUUUCGACAAUACAUCACGGCUCGUUGUUUUUCCGUUUUUUUGUUUUUUGAUUGGAUGCGGUUUAUGUAAAAUCUUGAAUUCUCUGUCGGCCUGUGUGUGUGUGUGCUUGCGCGCGCGCGCAUUGUUUUGUCAAUAUUGUACAUACUUAGAUUAGAGAUAGCGCUGUCGUGCGCGGGCGCACGCCCGGACUACUCGAGCUAUGCUAGGCGUGUCUCUUAAGACCAUACACACAUCCACUCUCACACACACAUCAAAAGAAAAUACUUCCACUCUGAAGGAUGAAUUAACCUCUACGUUUAUUAAUGCUUAUAUUGUAUAUUAGAUAUUUUGCAAGAUGGCGUCCGGUUUAUUGCGAACACGUGCGACACGAAACGAGACGACACAACGUGUACAUAUUGUUAUAUUAUUGUUAUGUAAUUGUUUACGAGAAGCGCGCCCCAAGCGGAUGUUGACGGUUUUGACAAGAUGGCGGCAUGAAAUGAAUCGUAAAACGCACCAAGUUUAGGAAUGCAGAGGGCGCACGUUGUCGACGGCUAUUUUCAAUAAAAUGACGCUGUUCUUUGGCUGUGAUAAAGUCCUUAUCAGCAAUUUUCUGUAUGAUAUUGACUUCGUUCAGAUGGGAGUACUAUCAUAUGUGUUUCGAAGUAAACACUGCGCGUUGUACGCGCUAGUGAUAAGGGACCUUGUCACUACGUUUGUUGAUAGUAGUUUUUAAGUUUGUGUCAUACCCUAUGAUUAUUAUAUUGUUUGUUUGUUUUUUUUUUGUAAAAGAUUUUUUCUAAUCGACGCAAUGCGAUUACACACUCAUUCAACACACAAAAGAACACGGCGUCGAUGUUGAUACAUGUAUGACGAGAGAGGCGAAUUGUGAAUACAUGUGGACGAAAGAAUGAAAUUUGAAGCCCGAGUUGUUUUCGUAGAAAGCAAAAAUAUAAUAAAAUUUUAUAGUUCAA